AUGGGAGACUCCUUCUACCGCCGGAGCACCUCCCUGCCCCGGCAGGACCAGGACAGCAGCUUCCUGCCCCAGCCCAACAGCUUCGCGCGGCCCAGCGGGAGAAGCAUCUACAAGCAGCGCAGGGACUACGGCCAGAGCCUGCUCCAGCCUCAGGGGGACUUCCAGCACCACGUCGAGCACCUGCUGACCGUGCCCCUGGGGAGGGACAUCCGCAGCGCCGAGCACUGCCUGCAGCGCCUGCGGCUGCUGGAGGCGCAGGGCAGGGUCUGGGGCCAGGACCUCCUCCUGCAAGUCAAGGACCAGGAGCUGGUGCUGAGCGACGUGGAGAGCAAGGAGGAGCUGGACUCCUACCCCCUGGGCAGCAUCCAGGACUGCUGGGCGGUGCUGGACUCCUGCAGCUACGACUCGGUGCUGGCCAUCGGCGUGCAGGAGAGAAACCCCCCCGGGGGCUGCGUCCUCCUCUUCCAGUGCGAGCGGCCGGGGGCGGAGCAGCUGAAGAGCAGUCUGGAGAAGAUACUGAAGCAGUGGAAGGAGGAGCAGAGGGGGCAGCAUGGGCACAGGAGCAGCCUGGAGGCGCCGCCGGAGCGCUGGGGGCAGGUCCCUGAAGCGUUGGAGCCCCCCUGGAGCUCCCCGGAGCCCCCCCGGAGACCCCAGGAGCCCCCCCAGCGUGGGCCACCCUCCUCAGUCUCCAGUGAGUCCUCGGCGGGGGGGCUGGGGGGUGCCCCCAGGAGCAGGGGGCGGGAGUGGGGCGGUGGGCAGCGGAGCUGCGACCCUCCCCUCUCGCCAGGCUUGCCGGAGCCCCAGCAGACCCCAGCGGGCAAGGCGAUGACCGAGGCGGACCGAGACGUGGAGGUCCUCAACCACGUCCUGAGAGACUUGGAGCUCUUCGUGGCCAGGCUGAGGAGAGCUGAGACUCUGCCCCCUGUGAAUGACUACAGAGACUUCUUCCAGAAGGUGAAAUACUCCUUCAACCUGCUGGCCCGGAGCCGCUGGCAGGUGCAGCCGAGCCCCUCCAGCCUGCUGCAUCUCAUCUUCACAGCCCUCUCCUACGUCCUGGAGCACUGCCCCAGCCCCAGCCUGGCCCCCGCGGUGGAGUCUCCGCUGCUGCUGCCGGCGGCGCUGGAGCUGCUGGAGGAGGCUCUGGCUCCCGACGCCUAUGGCCUCUGGAAGAGCCUGGGCCCGGCCUGGAACAAGUCCAGGGCAGAGUACCCCCGGGGGGAGAUGGUGCCCAGCUACAUCCCUGCCUUCUCUGAUGGGUGGAUGCCUCCCCCCCUGGACCAGGUACAGCAGCGGGGGGUGGGCAGUGGGACACCCCCAGGGUGGAGGGACGUUGCUGACCAGGUGCCUCCCUCCCUCCCUGCCCAGAGCCUGGCCCAAGCUCUCUACGAGUUCCAGGGCAGGAACCCUCAGGAGCUGAGCAUCAGGGUGGGAGACACCCUGCAGGUGCUGGAGCAGCAGAGGAAGUGGUGGCUGGUGCAGGACAGCAGGGGGCAGAGAGGCUACGUCCCCAGCAACCUCCUGCAGCCCCUGCAGCAGGGCCAGGGGGGGAGCCCCCCCAGCCUGCUCCCCGACUCCCCCCCGGAGGAGGUCACAGCCUGGCUGCAGGACAAAGGCUUCUCGCGCCUCACGGUGCGGUGCCUGGGGGUGCUGUCCGGGCAGCAGCUGCUGGAGCUGAGGGCAGAGGAGCUGCGAGCUGCCUGCCCGGAGGAGUGGAGGAGAAUCCUCUUCAAGCUCUCCCCCAUCAAGACCUCCCUGGGGAUGGCCCCCAGGGACUGA